AUGGAUUACCUCAGAUGCCUUCUUGCUGUAUCGCUGGUCCAGAUUGUGGCUUCAUCGGGUCUGUUUGAGUUGAAAAUCCAUUCAUUCACCACCACUCGACGUUACUGUAGGAGGGCGAGAGAAUGUAACAUCUUCUUCAGGAUUUGUUUGAAACAUGCCGAGGAUGUAAUAUCGGCUGAGCCACCAUGCACUUUUGGAACCGGACAAACAAACAUUCUGCACGCGGAUCAAAGCUCCAUCGCCAACAGCGUGCCUAUUCGAGUGCCUUUCCAUUUCAAAUGGCCGGGAACAUUUUCUCUCAUCAUUGAAGCAUGGAACGCAGAAUCAACAACAGACCACACAGAAAAUCAGAACAAUCUCAUCAGUCGGCUGGCUACCCGGAGGAGACUGGCAAUUGGGGAGAACUGGUCCCAGGACAUCCACUAUGGGGAGCACAGCGAGAUGCGCUACUCCUACCAUGUGGCCUGCGAUGAGUACUACCAUGGGGAGGACUGCUCCGACUACUGCAGGCCUCGAGAUGACACCCUGGGACACUACACCUGCGACGAGACCGGCUCCCGGGACUGCCUGGAGGGAUGGAAAGGCCAAUACUGCUCAGAACCCAUCUGCUCUUCAGACUGCAGCGAGACACAUGGCUACUGCGAGUCCCCCGGGGACUGCAAGUGUCGGCUGGGGUGGCAGGGCCCCCACUGCACCGAGUGCGUGCGCUACCCGGGCUGCCUGCACGGCACCUGCAGCCAGCCGUGGCAGUGCAUCUGCAAGGAGGGCUGGGGAGGCCUCUUCUGCAACCAGGACCUCAACUACUGCACCAACCACAAGCCCUGCGCCAACGGGGCCACCUGCACCAACACGGGCCAGGGCAGCUACACCUGCACGUGUAGACCCGGGUUCGGGGGCAGCAACUGCGAGCUGGAGAUCAACGAGUGCGACUGCAACCCGUGCAAGAAUGGGGGCAGCUGCAAUGACCUAGAGAACGACUACUCCUGCACGUGUCCCCAGGGCUUCUACGGUAAGAACUGUGAGAUCAUCGCCAUGACGUGUGCGGACGACCCCUGCUUUAAUGGCGGCACCUGUACGGAGAGGGUGUCGGGGGGCUACACCUGCCAGUGCCUGCCCGGCUUCACCGGAUCCAACUGUGAGAAGAGGCUCGACCGCUGCAGCCACAAGCCCUGCGCCAACGACGGUGAGUGCGUGGACCUGGGCGAUAGCGUUCUGUGCCGCUGCCGGCCCGGUUUCACCGGCGCCGACUGCAACAUGAACAUAGACGACUGCGCGGCGGUGCCGUGCCAGAACGCCGGCACCUGCAUCGACGCCAUCAACGACUACGUGUGCCGCUGCACACUGGGAUUCUCCGGCAAGAACUGCAGCGUGCGCGCCGACGCCUGCCUCAAUCACCAGUGCCAGCACGGCGGCACGUGCUACACCCACUUCAGCGGGCCCGUGUGCCAGUGCCCGCCGGGCUUCAUGGGUCCCAGCUGUGAGUUUCCAGUGCGCCCGACGUUUGAGAGGGCCUACUGGCGCAGCCAAUCGUCCUCCCAGUCGUCGUCGUCAGGGCUGUCCCCUGCAGCGCUGGCCGCCACUGUCAUCCUGGGCAUCAUAGCGUUCGGCUUGGCCGUCUGCGCCGUGAUACUUCACCGCCGCAAGCGCACCAAGCAGAUCAAGCGGCAGCAGCUGUGCGACUCGGUCUUCAACGACCUGGAGUCGGACAGCUCCAACAACUACGGCUCGCCGUACCCGGACGAGAGGGGCAACUUCCUGGGACACGGCUGCGGCGGCGGCAGUGGAGGUCUGGGACUGGGCGGGGGUAGCCCCGUGAAGGUCAGUAACAACCGCAUGAGCAUGCCCUACCUCCCGUCCGUGGCCGACAGGGUGAGCCCCGACUUUGUGUGGAGCAGUGGAAUGGGCCUGAGAUGA